GCGAAAUAAGAAAAGGGCAAGCAGUUCUAAACUUUCUGUGCGGUAUUGUGUGUAUAGCGGGUCAAAUCGUUCUUCUUUGAUUCAAAAAGUUGAUCAGCUGAAUAUUUAACCUGUCGAGUAAUAUUGACAUUUGCUAGAUUUUCUUUGCUUAUAAGAUGCUUCCUCUUUCCCUGCUUAAGACCGCGCAAGGGCAUCCUAUGUUGGUGGAGCUCAAAAAUGGGGAGACUUACAAUGGGCAUUUGGUAAAUUGUGAUACUUGGAUGAACAUCCACCUUCGAGAAGUCAUUUGUACCUCGAAAGAUGGAGAUCGGUUUUGGAGAAUGCCAGAGUGUUAUAUUCGUGGAAAUACUAUAAAGUAUCUUAGAGUCCCAGAUGAGGUUAUUGAUAAAGUUCAGGAGGAGACCAAGAGCCGGUCAGAUAGAAAGCCACCUGGUGUGGGACGUGGAAGAGGGAGAGUUAGAGAGGAAGGUCCUGGUGGGAAGCAAGCAAAAGGCGUUGGACAUGGUGUAGAUGAUGCAGGUUCCAGAGGCUUGGGUGGAGGCCGGGGUAGAGGGUUAACGCGCAAGACUCGUAUUAACAAAGGUGGAGGUCGUGGUCGUGGCUGAUACAAAUUUUAAGAUUGAAUGGAAGACCGAUACCAAAAAGCUGCUUUUUUAGGAAUUCUGCUUUCUUCAAUGAUGACCGGAGAAUUCUUUUAAACGAACGGAGCCUUGUGGGAACAUCUUGUCUAUGCUGCAAUAAUGACUGGAAAUUGUUCAACCUAGUUCAGAAGGGAAGAUUUGACAAAUUUGAUUCCUUAAUUGCUAUGUUUGAUCAAAGAAAUUUGUCAAAAAAGCAAUUAUAAUAUCCUUCUUUCCUAACUCCUUAGCCUGCAACAAAGUGGAUCCCAUUGUAAUUGAAUUUAUGUUGAUGAAAAAAAAAAAAAAAAAAAAGAUUAUAUAGUCGAUGGUAAAUUUUUACGUAUUGUUUAAUAUUCAACACAAAAUUUUUCUGGAACACAACCAGCGGUCAAAAAAGUGUAUAGUUUCAUUUUAUU